UGUAGGUAAGCUGCAAGUAUAAAUUCUCUAGCAACAAAAACCAGGUUAAGACGCUACAGCGGCACCUUUCAACACAUCAUAUUGGAGAAAACUCAGGCACAAUAUUUAAAAUAUGGGUAGUGGUUCAUCAAAGAAAAAUAAAGAAACAGCUACCAAGUCUACUAGUAAUAAUACAUCGGAAAAUGCAAAAUCUGAAACAGCAGUAAAAAACCUUGAAAGUAAUAGUACAGAAGAAAAAAAAGAAAAAAAAAUAUUGGCGGAGAAACCAGAUGCAAUGCAAAAUAAGACAGCUAUGUCAAAAAAAACAAAAUCUGCUGAAGCAAGCAACCAAAGGAAAAUAACAAAUGAUGAUCAUAUGAGCUGGAUGGAAACUGAUUUGUCCGAGCUUAUGGGUGGAUUAGAAUUAAGCGACGACCCUUGUGUUUGGGAACAAUACGUGGAUGAUUUGAUAUGUAAAAGGGAACCAGAAAUUAGCCCAGAGAAAGAGAGGAGAGGUUGGAAGACCAUUAGACUUUUUGUUAGUAGCACUUUUAAGGACAUGAACAAUGAGCGUGACUAUCUUGUUAAGGUCAUCUUUCCCCAGCUCAGAGAAUGGUGCGAGGAACGGAAAUUGAGACUGGUGGAGUGUGAUUUAAGAUGGGGAGUACCAAAAGAUGCUGACACUCGGGAAACAUUGACAACAUGUUUAUCUGAACUAGACAGAUGUCGAGAAGAGAACAUUUAUCCCUAUUUUCUAAGUUUAGUAUCUGAAAGAUUUGGUUGGGUGCCAAAAAUAGAAGAAAUUCCAGUUGAUAUCAGGGCAAGAUACAAAUGGAUGCCUGGGAUGUCUGUAACCACAUCGGAGAUUAUGGUUGGUGGAUAUUGGGGACAAAAUAGAAAUGCUUUGUUUUUAAUGAGAACACCAGAUUAUUUGGACCAUGUGAAAGAUGAGAAGGUGAAAUCAUAUUUGACUGAGAAAAAUGAUGCCCAUAGACAUUCAUUGGGUACCCUUAAAACAAAAUUGAGGACAAAGUAUCCAAAACAAGUCCAUGACUACAGCUGUACAUAUGAAAAAGAGGCUAAUGGGCAACUUUACUUGAGUGGGUUUGAAGAAAUGGGACAAAGAGUGCUACAGCAUUUCAAGACAAUGUUAAGUCUACAGUAUCCCACCGAUAGUCUUGGUCUGUCACCUACAUUGAAAGAUGUCCUGAAAUUGGAACACGAGACUUUUAUGUUUCAGCGUUCUCAGGUUUUACUAGGAAGAGAAGAGAGUGUUCAGAGGAUCCAUGGCUAUAUUGAUGACACAGUCAAAGAACAUGUUCCAUUGGUACUUGCAGGUUUUCCUGGGUCUGGUAAAUCUGCCUUGAUAGCUUACACUGUGAAACAGUGCCUUACAAAUAAGAAAUACAAGGUAUUUUACCAUUUUAUUGGAGCAACUCCAGGAUCGACAGAUUUGUUCCAGAUCUUACAGAGAUUUUUCUUGGAAUUCAUGCCUGAGGGAACAAAGAUGCCUGAAGACUUGCAAGAAAUGAAAAGAUAUGCUCACACCAUGUUUAAAUAUGCAGCUCAAGUGGCUAAGAAAGAAGGCUACCAAAAGAUUGUUGUGUUUUUGGAUGCCCUGAAUCAGAUGGAUGAUGAUGGAGAUGCCCAUUAUCUGGUUUGGCUACCGAAAAAACUGCCUGAAGGAAUGAGGAUCAUUGUUAGUACAUUGGACGGAAAAUGUCUCAAUUCGCUCCGUGAUGAUCCAGAUCGUAAAACUGAUGAAAAGAAAUCAAUUGAAUUGUCUGUUGAUCCACUCGUUAAAAGUAUUCGGAAAAAUAUUGUCUGUAAAAUACUUGCUGAGUAUAACAAAAGGUUGGACGAUGAACAGUUAGAGAUUUUAACUGAUAAGCCUGAUGCUGGGCGACCAUUAUGGCUGACUGUUGCAUGUGAAGAACUCAGAGUGUUCGGUGAUUUUAGAAAACUGACACAGAAAAUUAGAGAUCUACCAAUUGACAUGAUCGGACUUCUAGAAGUCGUUUUAGGCAGAAUUGUGAAGGACCAUGGGAAUGAGCUAGUGCAAGCCACAUUGUGCUUAGUAGAGACAUCAAGAUUUGGACUUCUAGAAACAGAAUUGUUAGAACUGCUGGCCAUGCAGCCUAGUAUACCUGGAGCAGAGAUUGUAGAUGAUUUAGCUUUUGAAGGCAGACUUCCAAUGGCAAAGUGGGCUUUAGUGUAUGUUGGAUUACGACAGUUUCUACGUCCAUGUGGAAGCUCAGGUGAAGGACGAUUAGAUUUCCACCACAGAACUAUGAGCAAGGCUGUCAGGAAGAUGUACCUGUCCAACCAAGCAGCACAACAUUGGUGGCAUCAAAGACUUACUGAAUAUUUUGACAAAUGCACUGACAUGGAAAGAAAGGCAGAAGAAUUGCCUUAUCAUUUAGAAAGCUCUGCUGACAAGGAGAAAUUAAAAGAAGUUCUGUUGUCACAAGAUAUGUUUAAAGAAAUGUACCAAGACAACAGUAAACAGCAGUUAAUGAAAUACUGGCGUUUCAUUGGUGGAUACCAAAUUGCAUCAAAAUCUUAUUAUGAUUCUCUGAAGAGAUUUAUCAUGGAUAACAAUUUAACAGAAGUUUUAGACUGGGCUCCCAUACAAUCAAAAACAGCAUCAUUCCUGGUCGAUAUUGGGGAAUAUGCCAUUGCAGAAGACAUGUUGAAUGAGGUCAUUACAACACUAAUUGAAAAGUAUGGCAAGGAUUCUAAAGAGUUAUGUGAACCAACUUACUGCAUGGUCAAUCUUUUGUACAAAAAAGCCCUGCAGUAUGUAUAUGGAGCACAUCCUGGAUACAGAGAGUGCUGUGUUAAAGGUUUAAAACUCUCGGACCUCUGUGUGGCAGUACACAAGAAAUAUUUUUCCAAGGAUAAACAAUAUCUAGGACGUGUUUUAUUGUCCUGUGGAUACUUUGAAAGAGGAAUAAGUUGCUUGGAAGAAGCAUUGAAAAUGUUUGAGAAUAUAAACGACCAGCAGGGGUUAGCAGUGGCAUUGUAUAUGUUAGGUGAAAAGAACCAGUAUCACAGUGAUUUAAGUAUACCAACAGAGAUGUUUAAGAAAUCUAUGGGACUAUGUUCAUCCAUGUUUGGUAAAUUUCACCUCAACACAGCCAGAUGUGCACAGCUGCAUGGACAGAUGUUAUGGAAUAAUUGGACAACCAAUCGUAAACCAGAAUUCCUGGAAAACUGUCUUGUUUUGUAUCAACAAGAAGUGGAGAUUUUAUGUGAAGUUCAAGGUGACCUUCAUCCAAACACAGUACGUUCUAGAGAAGAUGUCAUUAUAAUCCUGCAGAGUCUUGGUCGAGAUGAAGAAGCUAAAAAAUAUCAAGAUCAACAACCAAAGGAACACUCUGCUCUUUAGAACUGUUCUCAUUGAGGUUCAUGUAUUUUUAAUUGUUUCUUUUGGACUUUUUUUAACUUUAAUAUAUGUUUUAGUAUACUAUAAAUCAAAUAUGAGAAUUUUGGUCAAAUCAGUGAACCUGAAUUUGACAGCUAAUGCCCCCUAAUUGUCAAAAAAAAAAGAAAAAGUCUCUUCAGAUUUUUUGGAAAUAGAAAAAAGAAAAAUAUCAACUUAUUUUGUUAGACUAGGGGCUUCAGAAAUUAAAUGCAAAUUCAUAACUUUGAAAAAGCUAAUUGCUAAAAAAAUUCAAAUUUGACAUCAUAAGGAGCAUAGAGAAGGUUUUUCAUUUACGAUAUUAAUUCAUAUUAUUAAACGAUAUGAAUCAGUAAAAAAAUAUAUUCUGCACCUGAUCUUUGUGAAAGACUUACUGAAAUCUCAGAAUUGAUGCAGAAAAAUCAUGACAAAUGAGCCUUCUGUGCAUGACCCUAUGGUACACCUAGGUGUGACCAAACUUAGGCGAUAUGAAAUCUGCAAUAAGGUUAUAAUUAGGAAAAACAUGAAUAUGUGUACAGUAUAGGACACCAUGCCAAAAUCACAUUUCCAUGUCCAAUCUGGCUACAAAAUCUGGAACAAACCCUCCUUUGGCAUAUAUUUUAGAAAUGUAAUAAUCAGGACGUAAUGAACAUGUGAACUAAGUAUCAAGUCCAUGUGACUACAACUUAAUUGUAAUCUACCAUUAAUCAAAUCUUUAACCUAAUAUGUGACACAUGGGGAAACAGACGGACAGACACACAGACUGGAAAACAAUAUGCCCUUCUUAUGUAGGCAGGGAAUUAAAAUAAGUCCCCAAGAAAUUAGUGAAUUUAUAAGAUUGACCUCUGCAAAUAGGUUGAAUGUUAGUUUGUUGGUAUAUUUAAGGCCACCUUAAUUAUUGUUAGUUUGUUGGUAUAUUUAAGGCCACCUUCAUUAUUGUUAGUUUGUUGAUAUAUUUAAGGCCACCUUCAUUAUUAUUUGUUUGUUUGUGUUUAAAGCCACCUUUAUUACACUAGGCUAUAUAUAUCAUGGCAGCAAGCUGUUAUUGAUGGAGGAACCUGGACAGAAGCAGGACCUUUGGCCGGAAAACUGGCAAUCCUAGUCAAUUAAGAUCGAAGUUGAACCCACCUUACCAAGAGCAAAUUUUGAACUGUAGAUGAAUUACUUUCACAACAUAGCAACUGUGGUACCUUUUACUUUUAUUCAAUCUGAUUUGCUUUUAGUAUAACAUCUUUUACAAACAAUAUACACGAUUCUGAAUUUAAAAACGGGCAAUUUUAUUUGUAUGCAUUUAUAUUUUGUUGGCAAAAAAAGUUUGUUGGAACUUAUUGGAGUUUAACUAGUGACCUCUAAUUGUAUAUUUAUCAAACCUUCAAAUUUUUCAAAAUACUAAGUAUUUUCUACCCCAGGAAAAGAUUGCCUUAGCUUUCAGAAUUUUGGAUCUUCAGUGCUCUUUAACUUUGCUCUUUAUUUGGCCUUUUUAACUCUUUCGAUUGGAGCAUCACUUAUUGGUCUUGAAGACGAAACGCGCAUCUGGCAUACAAAAUUUUAAGACUGGUUUGUGUGAUAAGUUUAUUAGUUAACUUUUGGAACUCUGUGGCUGCGUUCUUAAACUUUUCAGAUAAGAAAAUCUACUAAUUAGUUUGAUGUCAGUGUUAGUCAGAUAAAAACAAUAAGGUGGAUUUUCAAUUUUUUUUAAUUAGCACAACAGCUUUAAGGUACAAAAAAAAGCACACGAAAUGCACAAAAAUAAAAGGAAGAUUUACAGAUAAAAGCAGAAUUGGUAAAAAGUCUAAUAAUAUGAUACAUGUUUAAAUAAGACAAAAAAUGAAAAGAAAAGAUUUAACAGACACAAAAGCAGAAAUUGUAAAAGUCUAAUACUAUGAUAAGAUAUCCUUUAAGAUGUAUAUCCAUUUAUUUAUCGACGACUCCAUAUACCUUACUACACAUAUUGAACACGAUCAUGCACUUGAUUAUAACCAAUUGUUAUUUUCUUAAAUCAAUUACUUAUAUAAUGAUUAUUGUGCAGUUAUAUAAGCAUUUGCUUUGACAACAUCGAAAUAAUAUACAGAGUUCUGUAUAAUCCAUUUUAUCACAAUACUUGAACACUGUAUUUUUUCAACUUCUUUUUGUACCUGCAUGUUUAUACUUAUAUGUUGAAGACAUUUGUAAAACACUAGUAUGUCUCUAGGGGCACAACAUUUUUUUUGUUGGUAAAAUUAUUACAAAACAUGAUUAUUUAUAAGCAAUCGGUACCAGUAGGGAAACUGGGAAAUUUUUUGUUAUAUAAAGAUCUGUGAUAUUUA